GCGAAUAAAAAUAAAGCAAAAAUCAAGCAGCGAAGCAGGAGAUUGUUGGUAUCGAAAGUAGCAGCAAAGGGAUUUUCAUCAGCUUUGCUUUGUGAAUUUAAGUUUCACUUUGAAAUUGUAACUAAAAUUAGUGUCCCGUGAUAUGACCUAUUAGUGCGCGUAAGGUUCUUGUAUGGAAGAGCUUGUGUAAAGUGCCGCAAGCGAAUUUUCUCGCACCCCAUGGUUUUUUGAAGUGUGAUCUAACCUCAUUCGUCGAUAUAAACAACAAGGGUUCGAAGAAGAUUCUUGGGAGGAACAGAAAACCGGGGAAGAAUGGCGGCCGUAAUCCGACUGAAGAGGCGGGUGGAUGAAGACCCAUUGGAUGCUUUCGUGCUGAAUUGCAAACGCCAGAGGACGGAGUUGGAUGGGAGCCAACAGAACACGACAGAAGAAUCGAGUGCCGAAACGUCGACGGUUCUGAAGUUUGCCGGAACUUUUACGAAGUCUGAUAACAUUUCUUCGCACCUCCAACAACGGUUGUCCAAGGAUGAAGCUAAAGAAGCGAUUUCAAGGGUCCAUCGGCCGAAGAUCGCCGUUCGAAAUCGUGAAGCCUCCCGCCAGAACGCACAAAACAGUCGCUUCCGGAUUGUAAACUGCACCCGGUCGCUCAGCCAAGUGGACGGAGUGGAAGGGGCGACUAUUGUGGACGUGGAGAGGGAUAUCGUGGCGGGAGCAGUGGCCGAGGUCGAGGCUUCUCCGGAUUCCACCGUGGAGAGCAGCAGUUCGAUGAGGAUCGUUCCGGAGGAAAAACGACCUGCGGCGGAACAGGACUACGUGUAUGAUCUGUACGUUGCGGACGAAGCUCAGCAGCAGCUGCACAUCCCGUACAUACCGGACAAUCUGGACGACAUCAGUGUUGCCAUUUAUGAUGAUCCCCUCUAUUCGAGUCAUCGCGGUUUGGGCGACCGUUCGGAUGAUUCGAUGGGUGAAGAAUCAGAAGAUUCCAAUGACGAGAACAAUUGGCGCAACGAUUACCCGGACGAGGACGAGGACGUGUUUGGCGAUUGCCAAAGUGUGGACGAGGACGACAUGCGGCGGGCCGUGGAAGAGAUUGAUUUGGAAGGGGAUCGAGAUCUAUCGCCGUCCGAUGACGAAGAGGAUGAUUACGGUGCACGGGAAGAUGGCAACAGUGGGUUCGCUUAUCCGGUCAAUGAUGACGUGUAUGCUGAUGUUGACGACGAUGAUGAUGACGGCGAGUAUCGCGAUGCCGAUGACGAUGGGGUGAAUGCCAACGACGUGAAUCGGUUCGGUACGGCCUAUGCGCGAUACAAGGCGCGGAUCAUGAAGCAAUUUGAAAAGAAGCGCCGCGGGUCGGAUUCGGAGGAGUACGAUUCGGAGAUUGGGGGCAGUGACGAUUAUAGGUCCUCCUCUUCGUCGGCCAAUGAGAGCGACAGUGAAGAAGACUUUGAUUUAUAUGAUUAGAUUAGAAUGUAACAGUUGUACCUAUCUGAAAGUUUUUGCAUAAUUACACACUCAAUUCCUUUAUUUAACUUUAA